UGUCAUGUUUGUCUGAGCUCAUCGUCACAGCGUCCCUUUCUCUUCAUAGAUUCCACGUUGGUGUCGAUAGAUUCACGUGUGUGGAAGUCAUUUGAACAAAUAUUCUCUUAUUUUAUUCCAAACCAUGUAUCGAUUUAUAUCUCUAAGCCGUAAGGCAUCUCCAUUGUCUACAGCAUGCAGACGAUACAUGAGUAAUGGAACGCCAGCAACCACCAAGCUUUUUAUAAAUGGAAAAUUCAUGGAGUCCAAAACUUCUAAAUGGAUUGAUCUUCACAAUCCAGCCACAAAUGAAGUAAUCACACGGGUACCAGAGUCCACACCAGAAGAGAUGCAAGCUGCCGUAGACGCAGCCGCAGCAGCCUUCCCUGCCUGGUCUGAAACAUCGAUAUUGGCACGACAACAAAUCAUGUUUAAGUUUCAACAACUCAUCAAGGAAAACAUGAAAGAACUUGCCCACAACAUAACACUAGAGCAAGGAAAGACACUUCCAGAUGCAGAGGGAGAUAUCUUGAGAGGAUUACAGGUCGUUGAGCACACAUGCUCCAUCACCUCUCUWCAAAUGGGGGAGACAAUGCAGUCUGUCACCAAAGACAUGGAUACUUAUUCCUACAGAGUACCUUUGGGUGUUUGUGCUGGAAUCACUCCGUUCAACUUUCCUGCUAUGAUUCCACUUUGGAUGUUUCCAGUAGCUGUUGUUUGUGGUAACACAUACGUCAUUAAACCCUCGGAAAGAGAUCCUGGUGCAUGUAUGAUGCUGUUGAAGAUGGCRCAGGAUGCUGGAAUGCCUGAUGGUGUAGUGAAUGUUAUCCAUGGAGCAAGAGACGCUGUCACUUUCAUCUGCGACGACCCAACUAUUAAGGCUAUCUCAUUUGUAGGGUCCGACCAAGCUGGAAGGUACAUCUAUGAACGGGGCAGCAAGGGUGGCAAGCGAGUACAGAGUAACAUGGGAGCCAAAAACCAUGGUGUCAUCAUGCCUGAUGCCAGUAAAGAAAGCACCAUAAAUCAAUUAAUAGGAGCUGCAUUUGGAGCUGCAGGUCAGAGGUGUAUGGCCUUGUCUACUGCUAUCUUCGUAGGAGAGACUAAAGAAUGGAUCCCAGAGAUUGUCGAGAAGGCCAGGAAACUUCAAGUCAAUGCAGGUGAUCAACCAGGAGCAGACUUAGGACCAGUUAUUUCACCACAAUCCAAAAAGAGAAUCUGUGACUUGGUUCAGUCUGGUGUGGACCAAGGAGCUAAGAUGGAGCUUGAUGGCAGAGAUGUUGUUGUAAAGGGAUAUGAAAAUGGUAACUUUGUUGGUCCUACUAUCCUGUCUGGUGUUAAGCCUGAAAUGACGUGUUACACAGAGGAAAUCUUUGGGCCUGUCUUGGUUGCAUUGGAUGUCGACACAAUGGAAGACGCAAUAGAAAUCAUCAACAAAAACCCAUAUGGCAAUGGCACAGCCAUAUUUACCAACUCUGGUGCCGUCGCUCGCAAGUUCCAACAGAAAGUCGACGUUGGUCAGAUUGGUGUAAAUGUUCCAAUCCCAGUACCUUUGCCAAUGUUCUCUUUCACUGGAUCACGUGGAUCUUUCCUUGGUGAUGCUCACUUCUAUGGAAAACAGGGAAUUAACUUCUACACUGGGACAAAAACAAUAACAAGUCUGUGGAGAGACGAAGACGCGAAGCCACAAAAAAUUCGAACUUCGUUCCCUCAAAUGAAAUAAGAAGCGAGUUAAAUAACUUUGUAAUAAUGUAUUAUCGAUAUCGAACUCUUCAUUAAAGUGCUAGUCUUACGAAAAAAUUAAUGACGCAAAAAAAAUCCCCGAUUUUGUAUAUGCUUAAAUAGGUUAUAAUGUUCACCAAUAAACAAUAAUUGGUUCGAAAAAGAAACUUUUCCCGUCUGAAUUCUACUUCCGUAAAUUGUUAAAAGCUCGUCCGCCAUUUCUAUGAGCAGCGAUUUUUAAUUUAUGUGUGGCGUCAUAUGCGCAACUGGCAUCCUUUUUAUCCACACUGACUCUAAUGCACUCYCUGUAAGAAAACAUGAUUUGGUUUAAGGCCUGUUUUUAAAUCAAAAAUAGUCGAAAUUUGGUUGCAAUUACACAUUGUGAAUAGCCGGGAAUUUUGAAGGUGGCGCGUAUGACGUCACUUUCUUCGAAUCACUAAAAGUUACCAGGAACGCAAUCGCUUAAUGGCGGACUCAAACGGCCAAACUUUACCGGCUAAAUGCACCAUCUUCCCAGUCUCGUAUCAAAAAAGAAUUUGGACAGUAAGCUAUAUUACAUAUCUAGUUUUAUAUGCUACAAUUUCCAGGGAUGGUGUMAUUUUCGUAAGACUAGCACUUUAACUACACUGACAAAGAAAAGGACGAACUGCGCUCUAAGCUUUUAAAAUAUGAUGUAAUAAUAAGUAAUGAUUUUUGUUAAAGUCAGUUUUACCUUAAGGACACUCGAACCGUGAGUACUUCGAGUUUCUUUCACGUUAUUAUUUUCUGAACUUUCUACUGUUUCAAACCCUCUGAAAUGAAACGCAGAGUUAAAAUACACUGAGAUAUCAAAAUAAAUUUUACUUUAGAUUGGCUCAAGGGAUGAUUUACAGUACGUAUUUUGGAAAUAACAAAAAACUCGAAAUGUUGACGGUUCGAGCUCUCUCACUGUAGUCAAAUAGUAUAAUCAUUAGAGUGUAAUCUAAUGGGACUUGUGGCUUUUCUAACUUAUUUAUUGUUUAAGUAGUUAAAAGUUUCCUUGGUUUCCUUGUUUCCUUUCCCUUCUUCAACAGCCGUAACAGUCUAAAGGCAUUUAUUCUCGAUUCUAUGUUAAAAAAGCGCGUGGAAAAAAUAAAAAAUACUUUUCAAAUUA